AUGGCGCUGCGGGCGCUGCUCUGCUGCCUGGGGGCGCUGUGGCUGGGCCGCCCCGGCCUGGCGCUGCCCGCGGGUCCCGCUCCGGCGGCCGGACAGUUCUGGCAUGUGACUGACUUACACUUAGACCCUACUUACCACAUCACAGAUGACCACACCAAAGUGUGUGCUUCGUCCAAAGGCACAAAUGCCUCCAAUCCUGGCCCUUUUGGAGAUGUUAUGUGUGAUUCUCCGUAUUACCUUAUCUUGUCAGCAUUUGAUUUCAUUAAAAAUUCAGGACAAAAAGCAUCUUUCAUGAUAUGGACAGGGGAUAGCCCCCCUCAUGUUCCAGUGUAUGAACUCUCCACAGACACAGUCAUAACAGUGAUUGCUAAUAUGACAACCACCGUCCAGAAUCUCUUUCCAAAUCUCCAGGUUUUCCCUGCGCUGGGCAAUCAUGACUAUUGGCCACAGGAUCAACUGCCUGUAUUCACCAGCAAGGUGUACAAUGCAGUAGCAAACCUCUGGAAACCAUGGCUAGAUGAAGAAGCUAUUGAGACUUUAAAGAAAGGUGGCUUUUAUUCACAGAAAGUUUCAUCUAAUCCGAACCUUAGAAUCAUCAGCCUGAACACAAACUUGUACUAUGGCCCAAAUAUUGUGACUCUGAAUAGGAGUGACCCAGCAAAUCAAUUUGAAUGGCUAGAAAAUACACUGAAUAUCUCUCAGCAAAAUAAUGAGAAGGUGUACAUCAUAGCACACAUCCCAGUGGGCUACCUGCCCUUUUCCAUGGGUACUACGGCCAUGAGAGAAUUCUAUAAUGAGAAACUGAUUGGUAUUUUUAGAAAAUACAGCAGUGUCAUUGCAGGACAGUUUUACGGUCACACUCACAAAGACAGCAUCAUGGUUCUUUCAGAUGAAAAAGGAAGUCCAGUAAAUUCUGCGUUUGUGGCUCCUGCGGUUACCCCAGUGAAGGGUGCUUUACAGAAACAGACCAACAACCCUGGAGUCAGACUAUUUCAGUAUGAUCCUCAUGAUUAUAAGUUAUUGGAUAUGUUGCAGUUUUACUUGAACCUGACAGAUGCUAAUCUAAAAGGAGAAUCCAACUGGCAGCUGGAGUACACCCUGACCCAGACUUAUGACAUUGAAGAUCUGCAGCCAAAAAGUUUGUAUGGAUUAGCUAAAGAAUUUGCAGCCCUGGAUAGUAAGAAAUUCAUGAAAUACUAUAAUUACUACUUCGUGAGUUAUGACAGCAAUGUCGUUUGCAGUGACUUAUGCAAGGCCUUUCAAAUUUGUGCAAUUAUGAAUCUGGAUCGUAAUUCCUAUGUAGAUUGCCUCAAACGUUACUAUUAA